AUGAGCAAUCCAACAGAAAAAAGUGAAAAAGACAUGAACAAUUUGAGUGAAAAAAAACACUCUGAAGCGGUUAUCACCGACACCGAAAAAGGAACCAACGAGGAUCUUUCCUUCUCUCCUACGGAAAAGCGUAAUAUUAUUCUCUACAUUCUUGGCAUUAUGUGCUUUAAGUUUGCAUAUGAAACUCUUGGUACGAGCAUCUCUCUCUUUGCACAGGAUCGAUAUGCAAAAAACGUUGCUCUCACCAUGACUCCUGUCUUGACAUCAGCUUUUACUAUCGUACAAUGCGUUUGCGCUAUCGCCGGUGCACAACUUGUGGUACACUUUCGAACAAACGUCUUAUUAGCCGCCAGCAUAUUCACUUUCGGAGUCUUUGCUGCGCUCCUCAUCAUCGUUGAUGAAGCCACUUCGGGACACUGGAACCCUCUGUGGAUCUUCGUCCUAUACCUUCCCAUGGGCGGCUGUCUUGGAAUUAUAGAGCUCAUCCGUCGUAUUAUACCACGUGAUAUUGUUGGUGAAAAUCCCAUUAAACUAAGAAGAAUGGAUGCCAACGUUCACAUUUUUUACGAGAUUGCUGGAACUGCUGGUGCAUUCACCUCCACCGCCACCGUUAAGACACUAGGUUAUAUCAAAGCUCUACUUCUGAUGCCCAUAUUGUUCACUUUAGCUGCAGGUAUCUGGUUUAUGAUUAAGCUCAAUCCCAACAAUUCUGAUCUCAAAAAGUCAAAUCCGGAUGGUACCCCGGCUUACAGUGGAAAGAAAAAGAGCCUCUUCGCCUUAUAUUUCUACUCCGUAAAACGUGGCGCAUAUAUCAUUUUUUCGGAACGUCGUUUUAUCUGGCUUGUGCCCGGUUAUGUUGUAGCUUUGGUCUUUCACAGGUUCGUUGAGGGAGUCCUCUCUCCAACGUUCGCAAAGCAGAUUCUCAACGAAGGUUCCUAUAAUGGCAUUCUCCUAGCAGGAUCUAACUUCGGAGAACUCUGUGGUGCACUUGCCGUCCUCGUGUUAGCCACAAAAAUUCACACUCCGAUUCCAUGGGUUCGCUAUGAUGCCUUCGCCUUGCUGACACUCUGGAUAUAUCCUUACUUGCCUGUUACGAGCGCCAUCGCAUGGGUUUGGACCGCAUUUCCGAUUUUAAUGGUACUUUCCGCGGGUUGGGCAGCUGGUGACGUCUCCCUCGCGGCCUAUAUUCAAUCUCGAUUGCAUUCAUCGCAUGGUAAAGAUGAUCAGGGUACUUCACCGCUAGGGUGUGUCAUGGCUUUUCUUUACUGUUCGUACAUCGUCAUUUACGCUGCUCUCUCCAUUCCGAUGGGAAGAGUUUUUGAUGCAUAUAAAGCGCGAGGGAAUACCCGUGAAGCAUUUAUUUAUGUUGCGGGCGUUAUGGCAACAAUUGGCUCAGUCAUUAUAUUCUCAUGCACUUUUAUACCAAAGGGCUCAUUUGCUUUGAAUCCAAAAGUUGACCCUAGAGAUGAGAUAGCGGAAGAGGAAAUAGAGGAACCGGCAAAAGGUUCUGCCAACCUCAUCGCAGCUAUAAGCAUGGGCUAA